AUGGCUGCAGAAGGAUGUAGCAGCAGUGAAUCAGGAUGGACUACGUACAUUGCUUCUCCAAUGGAAGAAGAUGAUUGCAGCAACAUUGAGGAAGAAGGAGAUGGCUUCUUCGAUGGUGAUAGAAGAAGACUGAAGAAGAGAGAUGAAGAUGACAGUGAUGAUUCCAUGGCCUCAGAUGCUUCAUCAGGUCCAACCCAUCAUCAUCAUAACAAUGGCUGUGCUGCUGCAUCAUCAGCAUCUAAUAAGAAAGAUAAGAAAGAUCAUGGAGUUGUUGGCAAGUGUUCAUCAUCAUCCAGGAAGAUUGCAAACAAACAGGACAAGAAACUGCUUGACAGUAGCAGAAUGGAUAUUCAUGUCUCUGGAGUUUUAGUUUCAGGUGUGAUUAUUCUUUAG